GAAUAAGCAAUAUUCAUUCAUUAUAUACACAUUCAUCAUUUCUUCUCCACUCUUAUUCAAUCUCUUUAAAUUAUACAAUAUGGGUAUGGAUUAUUCAUCAAAUGGUGCUCUCGUUGAGAGGUUUGAAAAACAAAAAAAAAGUCUGGGAAUUCACAUCUGGAAUAUCCAGACCUGAUCGGAGAUGUCACUGCCGGUCCAACACCGUCGUCACACACCAUAGCAGAAGCUUGCCAGAGCCACCAGCCGUUCUCAAAUCUGAGCCAGAGCCACCUGCCAUUCACUGCAUCCCUUCAGUUCUUGUUGACGCAGCUGGCCCGGCACCGAUGUUGUCCAGGUUGUUGCGAACAGAGCAGCGUAGGUUCCUUGGAACCGGCACCCUGUAGAACCUAACGACCGGAGGUUUUCCGUCCAGGUCUGAGCCAACCCAGAUCCGGCCCGCAGUGGAGAGAGGCACACAACGAAGGCCAUCAAUGUGACACUCUAAAAAAUAG